GACUUGGGGUUUACAAAGUGUGGUAGAGACUGAGCCUGUAGAGAGUGCUGGCUGUACCAUUAGUAGAGACUGAGCCUGUAGAGAGUGCUGGCUGUACCAUUAGUAGCUAACUUGUCAUUGCAACAUCAGUGCAGUUGAUGUAAAAUAAUCGUAUUUCAGAUUUUUAUGGAUCCUUUAGGCACAAAUCACAAAGAUGAGAAGGACACUGCUUUCAUUACAGUAGAGGAUGAGAAAGAUGAGAAAGAUGAUAGCGAGACAACAGUGAUAGACGGUGAGGAGGAAUCAGAUGACAAAGCCAAGGAGACUGAACCCCAGCAGCAGAAGGAGCAGGCCUGGGCCCCCACUACCUACUCCAAGUUUGGUAAAGAGGUGUUUUGCUACGUAGGAGAGGAGAUCAGCAUCUUUGAGGCCUUGGACUCUUACGGUGCUGUCACCUGGCCAGCGGCGUUGGCUCUGUGUCACUACCUAGAGACCAACGUUGAGCAGUUGAACCUGGUGGACAAGGCAGUGCUGGAGCUAGGAGCAGGUCCUGGCCUAGUGUCUAUUGUAGCCACACUCCUAGGUGCCUGGGUCACAGCUACAGACCUACCAGAGAUCAUAGGUAACCUGAGAGCCAACCUGCUCCGUAACACAAGAGGGCGCUGUAGGAACACUCCCCAAGCUGCAGCUCUGUCCUGGGGUCCUGACGUGGAACGCAUCUACCCCAGAUCUGUCUAUCGCUAUGACUACGUGCUGGCGGCUGACGUGGUGUAUCACCAUGACUACUUGGAAGAGCUGCUGUUCACCAUGAGAUACUUCUGCCGUCCAGGAACCACUCUGAUCUGGGCCAACAAGGUCCGCCUCAAGACAGACCUGAGCUUCACAGAGAACUUCCAGAACACCUUCAACACCACACUGCUGGCUGAGAUUGGAGAAGUAAACAUAUUAAUGGGCACGUGUCGAGAAACAGAGGAGAAACCAGAGCUAGACCCAGGAAAACAACAGGAAGAGGAGGAGGAACCAGAGCUGGACCCAGGAAAACAACAGGAAGAGGAGGAGGAACCAGAGCUAGACCCAGGAAAACAACAGGAAGAGGGGAAGGAACCAGAGUUGGACCCAGGAAAACAACAGGAAGAGGAGGAGGAGGAACCAGAGCUGGACCCAGGAAAACAACAGGAAGAGGAAGAACCAGAGCUAGUCCCAGGAAAACAACAGGAAGAGGAGGAGGAACCAGAGCUAGACCCAGGAAAACAACAGGAAGAGGAGGAGGAACCAGAGCUGGACUCAGGAAAACUACAGGAAGAGGAGGAACCACAGCUGGACCCAGGAAAACAACAGGAAGAGGAGGAGGAACCAGAGCUGGACUCAGGAAAACUACAGGAAGAGGAGGAACCACAGCUGGACCCAGGAAAACAACAGGAAGAGGAGGAGGAACCAGAGCUGGUCCCAGGAAAACAACAGGAAGAGGAGGAGGAAGAACAUGUCUGUUUACAGGUGGGGGAAAAUGGUUUAGAGGAAAAGGAGGAAGAGUUUGAAGCAGAUCAAACAACUGAGAAUGAGGAAGAAGACGAGACGCAGAAGGAGGGACUGAAAGAGGAGAACAAGGACAGAGAAAACCAGGUAGACUCUCAGGUUUGCAGAGACGACGAAGAGCAGCAAAAUUCUGCUGGCUCACGUUCUACCUCCGAAUCAGAGCUUGAGGGUCUUGAGGAGGCAGACACUCAGGACUCAAAUGUCCAACGGGAGGAGAGACCAGUCUGGGUCGAACAGUUUGUUGUGGAGGCAGAUAAAAGGUCAGAGGAACAAGACAACAGUUUGGAGGAGGAAGCUGAUGCAGCUGAUGGCAGUAGCCAAGCAUGGGAGAAACAGACGUUGGAACAUAGUGAUGAAGGAUAUGGGGAUGAUGAUGAUGCAGAAAACACUAACUCCCGCUGUAGCACCGAAGCGACUGACGAAGACAUCGAGGAGCUGGACACCAAGGAUACAGGAGAUGCCCAGCUGGAUAAUACCCACGUCCCCUGGAUACGACUGGACAGAGAGGUCUACUUCUAUGCUGGGCACAAAAUCAACAUCGUCGAGGCAAUGGACUCCCAUGGCGGAGUGAUAUGGCCAGCAGCGUUGGCUCUAUGUAACUACCUGGAGACCAAUACUGAUGUGAUAGAUCUGAAAGGAAAGCAGGUUUUGGAACUGGGAUCAGGGACAGGAUUAGUGUCUAUCGUCGCCAGUCUACUGGGUGCCCAGGUGACAGCCACCGACCUCCCAGACGUCCUUAGCAAUCUGAGAUACAACUUGCUCCGAAACACCAGAGGGCGCUCUAAAUAUACACCUGAGGUGACAGCUCUGUCCUGGGGUCCUGAGGUGGAACGCACUUACCCACGAUCCGUGUAUCGCUAUGACUACGUGCUGGCGGCUGACGUGGUGUAUCACCAUGACUUAGAGGAGCUGUUGGUUACCAUGAAAUACUUCUGUCGUCCAGGAAACACUCUGAUCUGGGCCAACAAGGUCCGCCUCAAGACAAACCUGGUAUUCACUGAAGACUUCAAGAACACAUUCAACACCACCCUGCUGGCUGAGAUGGGAGAGGUUAAGAUCUUCAAGGCCACAUGUAAAAGGUAGGAAUUAUGGAAAGAAGGAUGAGGAACUACUGUCGACAUCCUGCCGACUGUAACCAAGACUCUUUUCUUCUUCCUCUGAGAAAUGCUUGAAGACAGAAGGCCAUCUUGGCUAAUGAUAAUGGACGUUGAUGGACGACUGAUGUUGUUGUUGAUGUUUGUUCUACUUUCUACUUAGUUGUUACACACGUACUUAGAUAGUUGAUAUUAAUAUUAAAAUGUAUGCACUU